UUCCGGCGGACGCUGGGCUGGGGGCGGAUGGAGGCGGCGCGGAGGCCGCGGCCGAGUUUGCGCCGGCGGAGGCCGUCCCCCGGGGGCGGCGGCCGCGGGGGGCCCGUCCCGGGGGUCGGCGAGUGCGCGCGGCCGUGGGCCGACCUGCUGCGCGCGGGGAUAGCUGAUCUGAGCCCCGACGGAGAGCUGCCGCCGCUGCCCGCCUUCCCCGGCCCGGAUCCCGGCCGCCGUCCCAAGCGCACCGCGUCCCCCGAGGAGUUCACCGUGGGAGCCCGGACCUUUUCCUGGACGCCCUUCCCGCCGGCCCCGAGAGGAGGCGGGGGCUUGGGCCCUUCCCACCGAGUGCCCCUUCGGGCCCGGUCCCCGCAGCGAUGCCCCUCGCCGGAGCCCCGAGGGACGCCCGCUGCCCCGGAGCAGCUGUGGGAGGCCUCGCCCAGCCUGCGGAGUUGCCCCAUGUGCCAGGUCGACUUCGCCCCCAGGCUGGCCCAGCUAGACAUCGACAGCCACCUUGCCCAGUGCUUGGCAGAAAGUACGGAAGACAUGGUGUGGUGAGCAGACAGCCGGCGCAGAGGCUUGGCCCCACCUGCCAGAGCCACGUCCUCUGCUUUGAAAGCUGCUUAUUAAAAUGUCUGUGUAGAC